AUGCAUUCGUCACCACCCGCCUGUAACCGUCGGUACCCGCCUGAAAAGAUGCGCAUGCCAACAACUACAUUCAAAUUUACAACUUACAAGGACAUUGUGCAAUAUUUCACUCGUGCUUCAAGAAUGGGCAAUCUUGCUUUCUUCACUGCUACGUUCCAAGCUAACCAACAAAGAAAAAUGAGUGAAUCUUUAUGUUUCUCGAGCGCAGAAGGGUUAGACUCGUUCAACGACGUAAUCUUGUCGAGCGCUACUGUAGACACGUGCGGCGUUUGGUGCGCCGACGAGUCCUCUCUCGCCACAUUCAUGGAAAUCCCUCAGCACGUUCGUGGCAGUCAGCGGGUUAAUCGUCGAUGCUCCGCGUUUGAUACGGAAAGAAAGUCUCUGACAUCACCUCCAUGCGACGCUCCACCUCGUCUGGUAAAUGCCCGUCAUGUUUUGGUAUCGGCAAACCAAAAUGUUGUAUUAUCGGAGGGCCACACUCCUAUCAUCUCCCAGGAUACCCUCCAGUCGGACAGCAUUUUGUCGCCUCUCAUUAGCUACUCAGCAAUAGAACAUCAACCUAGCAGCACGCGUUCACCAUUGUAUAAUCAUGAUUCUUGUAUAUAUGACAAUACUUUCUACUCUACACCCAAUCUAUCUGCAAAACCAUUCUCACCUGAUGCAUGUGAGCAAGGCUCGCAAAGCGACAACUAUGACUCCGACUCGAGCUUCUCUCAUCUUAUUUGCUCUCACAAUGCCGACGAUUUUGGGAUUGACAUAUCGUAUGGAAGGGAUGGAUCUCUUCCGGGCACUUCACCACAAGAGCUCAAAUACAUCGAUCAGGCUCUUGAUUACUCAUUCAUAGACGAGAUUCACAAAACCGUCCGAGAGGAGAUUGAGGCUGAAAAGCUGGCCUGCAGUCCCACUUCAUCAUCUGCUGAAAUUUCUCAGCCAGCAACUCCUGUCAUCACACUCGCUGUAAAUCAACCCGUUACUAUAGUCGGAGAAGAUGGCAAGGAAUACAGGGUUGUUGUACAAGCUGUGGAGAAGAACGAAGUCAAAUGCAAAAGGAAACGAGUCAAUCUUAAGGAUGCUCCUGUACCAAAGAGAGCCAAAGGAGUGCCACUAGCAAAUAUGUCAUUUGAAGAGAUCAGUAGGAGAAAACGAGAGCAGAACAGAAUUGCUGCACAGCGCUAUCGUGAGAAACAGCGAACUGUAAAGUCGGCAGAAAAGCAGGAAGAGGAGCGGCUGGAAAAACGAAAUGCUUUUCUGCGGUUGGAGGCUGAACGUCUGCAGAAAGAAAUUGCUGCUUUACGGGAACUUUUGCUUGGGAAGGGAGGGAUGCUGUCCGCAGCAUUGGAUUGA